AUGCUUCCAACACCUUAUAUGGGCGAAGGAAAAAGCGAUGGUACUAAUCCUCAACUCUAUUUUUCGUAUCCCACAGCAAUGCCACCUAAUAUGGUAACACCAAAUUUUGCCGCGUACAGUAUGCAAAUUCCACCAGCAUAUGAACAUCCACCUCCUUCAAUGCUAAAUCUUGGAAAACAUCAAGAAGAUAUUUUUCCUACAACUCUUUCAUUACCACCAAUAACAUCAUCUUCAGUAAUACCAAUACAACCACCACCACCACCACCACCUCCACCACAUCAAGAAGAAGAUGACGAAGAACCACAGUCUCGACAACAGCAUCGACGAUCAAUUAUUCCUGAAGAUGAAGAAGCUCGUAGGAAAUAUCGUGAGAGAAGAGAUAAGAAUAACUUAGCAGCAAAGAAAUCAAGAAGUAAUAGACGUGAACGAGAAAAAAUGAUGCAACGAAAAGUUGACGAACUUGAGAAGGAGAACGAAGCGUUACGUGCUCAAUUGGCUAUUUACACGCAGCAAAUUGAAUGUGUAAGGAAGGAAUACGAACGACAAAUGUCACUAUCUUACUCGGCUCAGCAACAAGGAAUGCUCCUUCGUGAUAGUACUACAAAUUUAGUACCAACAACACAAGCACCCACGAUUUUCUAUCCCUCGUUCCCGUCACAGAGAGUCACUUGA